CUCUCUGCCCCUCUGCUCUGUAACCCUGCCUUUGUACAGCAUAGUGCAAGGGACAACUGUCACUGUCUGAUGCAGUGACUUACAGAAACAGCCUUUGAAAGUACUCGCCGUCUCCUCUCCUCAUCAACAGUCACUCUCUUACAGAACUGUAGUAGCUUUUACAUUAUCCUGUUCCCUGGUACAAAGCCACGUCUGUUGCACUUAGGCUGUGGCAUGCAAAGUUCCUUUGAGGUCACUUAAAACCUGUUUUAAUGGUCACAGCCUGGGCUAGUAGCACAGGAACAACUAUAUGAGUGAGUCAGCCUAAUUGUGAAAUGAAGCACUUUGGGCAGCGGAGGCUCUGUCGCCCGAAGGUGGCUGCCACACUGUUGCUGGGCUCUGAUUUGCUUGUGGCUGCCUUCUGCUCUUCCACAGUUGUUGGUGCAGCAGAGCGGGUCUGUCAGUGACCUAAGGGCUUGUGAAUCAUAGUGCAGAGAGAACUCUUUCUUUUUUUUUUUUCCCCCCGCCCCCCUAAACCACUCCAAUCUCGGGUUUUGCAAGCUUGCCCAAGCAAUAAAAUACAAAUUGGGUAACUUGUGGGGUUUUUCCUCAUGAAUGACACCAGAAUCUCUGUCUGUUUUGGUUAUAAAAUGACUGUUAGAGUGCCAGGUUACAAGAAAGAGGAUGAAAAUUUUGACUUCUGAAGUUCACAGAAGAGACAAUACCUGGUUUAAACACUCUCCUGCAGUGAAGCAACGUGCAGCUGAGAUGCCUGGCACCACCACAAUUAAUCUCCCCAUUGUCCAUGAGAGGAGGAGAAGAAUUGCAGAGAAAGCCAGUCUGUCAGAGCAGACAGCCCACUUGAUCUGAGCAAUGUGGGAGAGCUCUGCAGGGUGUCUCGCAGGGCAGUUUGCUCUGGUGUUAAAACUCUACGCAGAAGAGCUUAGCGGUGACCUCGUAGUUGUGAGGACUCUGGAGAGGCUGCGGCUUUUGCAUGAGAUGGUGAUCUGAGCUCUGCAACACUGCUUUCCACCUAAACAUACCAAGCGCAGACCUCUGAGCCACAGACUUCACCAGACUGAACAUCGCUCAGUUGUGCAGCUUCAGCUCUUACCCACUUGAGGUGAAAUAAAACUCAAGAACCUCCUGAGGUAAGGGAUAGCUUAAGACUUUUACCCUGUGUCGGAUAUCCCUGCACUCCAGCAAUCAUGGCAGAUGUUUCCUUGACUGAAGGAGUCUCCAGUGAGACAGUUGCUAAUGCCAGUUCAGAAUUCAGCUUGGAAGCAGACUUCCAGUAUUCCUUGUUUACUGUGAUCUACAGCCUUGUCUUCGUGCUGGGACUGACAGAAAAUGUCUUAGCUCUGUACCUCCUGUCCUGCAAAGUAAAGCACGCUUCUCAUUCCUACGUAUACAUGAUUAACCUAGCUCUGGUAGACACCUUGUUUGUUUGUGUGUUGCCUUUUAAAAUUCAUUACCACCUGAAUCGGAACAAUUGGACCUUUGGUGACAUGGCUUGUAGGAUAACUGGGACUCUGUACUAUAUCAAUAUCUAUCUAAGCAUUGCCUUUUUCACCUGCAUUUGUGUUGAUCGCUACAUCGCAGUGUUGCACCCCUUCACUUACGUCCAGAUCAAAGUCAUCCAUUAUGUGGCGGUGGUCACCGUCCUUUGGGUGGUUGCUCUAUGCGUCAUGGUUCCACUUAUCCUUGGAGGCCCCCUCCACAGCAGUGGUGCGAGGAACACGACAGUGUGUUUUGAGAACUUUGCUACGCGUAGCUGGACUUAUCGCAUGGCACCUUACAACAUCCUGGCCUUAAUUUUUGGUUUUGUGAUCCCAUUUUCCAUCAUUCUGAUCAGCUACCCCCUCAUUGCGAAGAGGAUCUCCCAGAUCAAACAGAGCAUUCACAAGAGGAAGGCCCUGCGCACCAUCUACAUCAUCUUGGUCAUUUGUACUUUGUGCUUUCUCCCGUACCAUCUCACUCACUUGCUCCACUUUUUAAUGAGAAUCCGGGUCAUCCAGAAUAAGUCAUUUACCAUCUUGAUCUACAAAAUGCGAAGGGUCACCUUAGCCCUCGUGAGUUUCAACUGUUGCCUUAACCCACUCUUGUACUACUUCACCUCUUCCAGCAAGCGAUGGCACUUCAACUUCAGGCUCAGAUUCAGGUCUAAAAUGGUGUACACAAUCAGUGACCAGAAAUUUGGGGAGUCCUCCUAUGUUUAUAAACUACAACAGAGACAUGGAAAUAAAAAACACGGAGAUGGACUCAACUGAUCUACUUAAAAACCACACAGCUGCUGAGGACUGCUGCGUUUUCCACCCUGUGAAACACGAGACUGUAGAGAGAGUUUAUCAUUUGUGGGUUAUCAUCAGAGACACCAGAAAACCACCGGCCUGGCUGACAAACCUGCUUAAAAGCCAGCAAUUAACGGGAUGUGGUUUUUGGUAACGGAUAUACAGACUCACCGUUCUGUUCCUUCCCAUGCCACCCCCAGACUUUAUGAAGUGCAUAUAUGCUCUUGGCCUGUAGGCGUGCAAGGCUGCUGAGCAGAUGAGAACAGAAGAGAAGUUGUCCUGGGGCUUGUUCAACAGGGAACAAGGUGUGCCUAACUGGCAAAAUCAGUAUUUCCAUUUCCAAAUGUGCAAAAUGCAGGCUAAAAGUCACGCGUUGACCUGGCACACCGCAGCAGGUGGGUGGGGUUCCCGGGUUGUGCUGUGCUAUUGGACUUGGAACAAGAACUGCCACGGACCUUAAAGGAGGGGGGGGGAGUAGGAUUCUUGUGGCAGAAUGGUGUGGGGAGAUAAACGAUCGUGUGUCUCUAUAUGAUGUAGUAACUUCUCUUUGCACAACAAUGGAUGUUGCACCUUCUGCCCAUAUUCAGCCAAUUUUCUGAUGGCAGCCGAUGCCACAGUCUACUCUGUGGUUAAGGACAGGAGGCAAGAGGUUUGGAAAAUAAGAAGCAUGGGUGUAGGGGUGCACUGGGGUCUCGGUUUGUGGAAAAAACCCACGCAUGCUGAUGGUAAGCAAGGGUCUUGAAUUUGGGAGGCCGUAUUGGAUCAGUUAAAGCCAAUCAAUAAACCACUGUAGCAAUCUGAGAUGUAUGCAGCAAGCAAACCAAGAGCAGAUCUGAAAUUAUUAUAAUAGAGCUAAA